UAUUUUGGUGUGGUGGUGUGACGUCAUAAGCCAGCGUCGGGGAUUCGGCUGAAGACAGUAUCGAACCACACAGAAGAAAAAAACUCCUGGUGAAGCAGCUGAGAUCCACGUGACACACGAUUAUAAAGAUGGCGUUCAUUAAAGAGGAGAGUGAAGACUUCAGGAUUGAAGAAGUGUUCAGUCUGAAACAAGAAGGUACUGAGGAACAAACAGACCUGAUUGAGAAGAGUCAAGAGCUGAAGGAUUUGGAAGAGAAAGAUCAUGAUUUAAAAAUUGGAGAAAAGAUGGAAUCUAACAGUUUUCUUAUUUGCCGUCAGUGUGGAAAGAGUUUCAAUCGAAAACAGAACCUUACGCUCCACAUGAAAGUUCACACUGGAGAGAGACAUUUUAUCUGUAAACAGUGUGGAAAGAGUUUUGCUCAAAAAGGAAACCUUAAAAUUCACAUGAGAGUUCACACUGGAGAAAAGCCUUAUACUUGCUCUCAGUGUGGACAGAGUUUUGCACAUAAAGGCAACCUUAAUUCCCACACGAGAACUCACAGUGAAGACAGCUUGUUCACCUGCAAACAAUGUGGAAAGAAUUUCCCUCAAAAACAAAACCUGGCAAUCCACAUGAGGAUUCACUCUGGAGAGAAGCCUUACACUUGCACUCAGUGUGGGAAGAGUUUUGCUUAUAAACAUACUCAUAAUAACCACAUGAGAAUUCACACUGGAGAGAGACAUUUUAUCUGUAAACAGUGUGGAAAGAGUUUUGCUCAAAAAGGAAACCUUAAAAUUCACAUGAGAGUUCACACUGGAGAAAAGCCUUAUACUUGCUCUCAGUGUGGACAGAGUUUUGCACAUAAAGGCAACCUUAAUUCCCACACGAGAACUCACAGUGAAGACAGCUUGUUCACCUGCAAACAAUGUGGAAAGAAUUUCCCUCAAAAACAAAACCUGGCAAUCCACAUGAGGAUUCACUCUGGAGAGAAGCCUUACACUUGCACUCAGUGUGGGAAGAGUUUUGCUUAUAAACAUACUCAUAAUAACCACAUGAGAAGUCACACGGGAGAGAAACUGUUCAAAUGUGAUCAGUGUGGAAAGAGCUUCACGACAGAACUAACCCGUAGAUACCACAUGACCAUUCACACCGGAGAGAAACAGUUCAAAUGUGGUCAAUGUGGAAGGAGUUUCAUACAUAAAGUAAGCCUUAAUCGCCACAUAAGGACUCACUUGGGAGAAAACUGUUUUAUAUGUCAUCUAUGUGGAAAGAGUUUUAGUCAUAAAUGUAGCCUCAAAAUUCACAUGAGAGUUCACACUGGAGAGAAGCCUUACACUUGCACUCAGUGUGGAAAGAGUUUCACUCAUCAACACAACUUUAGUUACCACAUGAGCUCCUUCACCUGUAAAUCUGAGUGAACGUUCACUGCUGCGGAGUGUGGGCCAACUCUUGAUUGUCCACCUUCAUACCCACUUCUCUUAUUUUCAUUCUUCACCUCUAUCUACAUUAUCUUGAGGCUAUAUCUGGCCAUCUACUUUGCUGUAGUUUCAAGAAAUAAGCAUUUAGUCACUUAGCAGACCCUUUUAUCCAAAUCAACUAUAACAAUAUUGUCUGGACCUCCACUGGGGACUUUAAUUGAAUACCCCUGUUAUAGAGACAUCGUUCCAAUUCAUAUAUUGAUCACUUGGAAUCAAAAUAGUAGUUGAACUUUGGUCAUGCUGUGAAAAGCCACACUGUAUAACUGAAUGAUAAUGUAAAUAAUGGUCAUAUAAAUAAAAUGACAAGCUGAAUGAAAUAAAGAACUUUACACUA